CUAUCUUGUUUUAUUUAGUUAGAAGCCGGGGAAAGUUGGAAGAGACUUAAUGAAGAAUUUUAUGAACAAUAUGUACUGACAACAAAGGGAAACUACACGUAGAUAACUGUAUUAACCAAGGAAUUUAUUAUGAACUUUUUAAAAAGCGUAUGGAUUAUUUAUAUGGGCUUGUUUACAUGUUUCCUGCUUCAACCAGUUUCAGGGAGUGAUGAAGCAGGAGCGAGUGACUCCCUGAAAAACAGAACCAUCCGAGGUGUUUCUUGUCCACAAAAUACGUAUCAAUAUCAAGGACGGUGCUGCAUCAAAUGCCCUGCUGGAGAACAUGUGAAAAAUCACUGUAUAUCAGAUAUGACAGCAAGUAUCUGUGAGCCUUGCACUCCUGGAGUAGACUACACAAGCUACGAGAAUGGCCUGGAGCAAUGCCGUCCCUGCACAACCUGCAGAUCAAUUGAUCAAGAAGAAGUGUCUCAAUGUACUGUCAAGCAGAACAGAAUAUGCCAGUGUCGAGAAGGCUCCUUCUUCUGCAACAUUAACCAUCCUUGUGAAGUGUGUAAACGCUGCAAAAAAUGUAAAGAAGGCGAGAUUGAAAUUACACGGUGCAAUGCAACCACAGACACUGAUUGUGGCAGUUCCGUUACUACUAAAAAGCCUGAAGAGGAAGGUAAUACAGAAGAAGGUUCUUCACAUGGAAUAUAUCUGGCCAUUUUGUUACCAGUUAUCAUAGUUGUGAUACUUCUGGCAAUUUAUUUCUGGAAGAAGAAAAAUCGGCAACAAAGUACUAGAAAUACUGAAGAUGACCCCGAAUCCGCAAGCAAGAUGUUACAUCAGGAUAAUGAAAGUAAAGAAAAUCAAGAAGAGAGGCAGAAUAAUGCAAACAACAGUUUAAUGCUGAAGAAAACACAAACAGAAAAUGAAGAUGAAGAUAAAGGCAUAGGAGGGAGCAUUGGCACAGCACAUUCAUCACAAAACAGCCUUCCCUCAGUGUGCAACACCAUUCCACUCCAGAACAACUCAGAGUCCUCUACAGGGAAUGAAUCCUCGGCAGAAGACUUCAAAGAGGAGAUCCCAUUUCUUAUUCCUGAUCAGGACAAAGCCCUCGAAAAAAGUCUAGACUACUUCAGCUUUGUUUUUGUACGGGAGCGGCCCAAGUUCCUAAGGAGCAUUGGACUGGAUGAUAAUGAAAUACAGAAAGCACAUUACCGGCACCCAAAAAGCACAGAUGAGGAGCUUCACUCUGCCUUGCUGAUGUGGUUGGAAAGCAAUGGAGCCAAAUCUGAUAUAAACACUCUGCUGAGGGCAUUGUAUGAGCUGAACCAGAAGCAUACAGCUGAAAAUAUAACCAAAACCCUUAUAGAAAAAAAAUUAUAUAGAAAAGCAAAUGGCUAGCAUGGACAUGUAUGGUGACAAAUGGAAAGUGUUUUUUAAACUUGCGAGAAUCCGAUUUCUACGAAUGAAGAAAGGAUUUAAGAGAGAGACAAAAACGUACCAAGAUUUGACUCACAUUAAGCACCAGGCCAGGUGGUCUGUUGCUGUGGCGGGUUCUGUUGCAGAAAUUUUGGUAGCUUGCAGUGCACUGCUAGAUCAGCCUCAGCAAUGGCACAAUAUUAACAUGUAGUGUUUGCAUAGCCAGCAUGGAGUGACCAAAAAUGAAAGCACCUCAUUGAAACAAAUAUACAUGAGGAGUUAGUUGAUGGUGUUCAGUCAUCUAGAAUCACUGAAACCUAUUUAACAGCAGUGGUACAGAUCUCUGCUGCUGUACAAAUUACUUUUUGCCAGCCCAAGGCUGAUUAACUUUAUGAAAUCGAUGUAUUCCUAUGAGCCAUAUGAUUCCUAAGGUAAUCUUCCAUAGGAAACUUUUUUUUUUUUUACUGAUAUCAGAUUUCAGGGAAGUUUGUGUUUUUAUUGGAAGAUAUCUCAGUUGCUUCUGAUGAACAAUUUUAACUAUCCGAAGAAAAUGAAUAUGAAAAUGUUUUAAUUUUUUCAAUUUUUAAAGGGAGUCUUUUUGAGGCUGAAAGUUUUUUUUUUUACACAAUACUGAAUAACAAUUUCAUGUGGAUUAAUGUGAAAGUCAGCCUCAACAAUAACCAUGGAUACUGAGAACAGGAAAAAAAAUUCCUGUAAAUAAACAAUUAUGAGUAACCUUUCAGAAUCUUCAUUUGAAACAUGCCUCAUUAUUGUUUGUUUCUCUCACAUUUCAUGGGAAAUCCUAUGGAAAAAACUGGAUAGUUAAUUACUGCACUUAAGUCAAAGUUUUUUUAGGAAUUAAUGAAAUGUUUGAGUCAGAGACAUUUUCCCAUUUUAAGGGUCUGGUACCUUUUCUCAAUAAGACUCUUGACUUCUUUGGGAUUGUUAUGGUGUUGUUUAUACAAUUUCUUUAAGUAUUUUGAUAAUUUAUUUUGAAUAUAAAUUCUUAUUUAAGAAAUUGUUAACUUUUAACUUAAUAUUAAAACAUACAAGGAAAAAAUGUGAUUUUCCUAGUGAGAUAAAUUCAAGUGUGAGGAAACAGCAAACACUGAAGUGACAGCACUGUGCACAGUCUUUCUUGCACCCGGAACAAAGACAUGUAGAAUUUAAGUUGAAGGAAUUGUGUGAAAAAAAACUUUGCUUUUUUGUUCCUUGAAUGUUAAGUUCACAUUUUAUUGAUGUUGCAGGGCUAUGUUGGCCCAAUAAAUGUGAACAAAUUGAAUUUUGUACAGUUACAGUACAUGUAUAUAUUGAAUAUUUUAAUUAAAAAAUGUAUAAAUUCCAUUUUGUAUGUUUCACUUUUUUAUGUAAAAGCACAAGAAAUCAUAUUACAAGCCAUCAGGACUU